UCUUGGACUUGCACUUUCCCCAUUCAAACAACUCUCUUCAAUACAAUCUCUGCACAAAACCAAUAACAGAAUCAAAGUUCUCUCUUUUUGUAUACCAAGAAUUCCUAUACAGACACCCUUUUUUAGUUUCUUGAUUUUCAUCACCACUAUUAAGUGAAAUAUGAAGAUGAGCAGCAGCAAUUUGGGAAGUUUAAAGAGGAAGCUAAUUUCAAGUAGAGGGCUCGGAGGAGUUCUUAGGCAGCAAAGAGCCAGGCUUUACAUAAUCAAGAGAUGUGUGGUCAUGCUCCUUUGUUGGCAUGAUUGAAUUUACAUUAAUUAAACUCCAGACAACCCUUUCAACAAAUUUGGGUUAUGGGGUUUGUCCAUAGUCUUUUUAUUCUUCUUUUUUCUCCCCCACUUCUUGAAAUUGUACAGAGCAGUAGUUUAUAUUAGGUAGUAAAAAGGAUAUUAGCAAUUUUGUACUAAAUUAAGGCCCUAGUGGUAUCUUUAUACAUCGGAUAGCUUCAAUGAAAGACAAUAUCCAUUUUGAUUAUGUUUUUCAAUUCUAAUCUCUCUUUCGGACCCUUCA